CGAGAGUGUCGUCUUGAAAGGUAUCGCAAAUUUCGAGAACAGGAGCAGGAUGAGGAAGACUCCACUGUGGCCUGCCGAUUCUUCCAUUUUCGCAGGUUGGCCUUCACAAGGAAAGGUGUGCUGCGAGUGGAAGGCUUUCUAAACCCCCAGCAAAGUGACCCUCAUGCCAUGAGCCUUUGGAUUCCCACAUCCGUUACCCCUGAAGGUCUUGAUUUAGAGACUUCAAAGUACAUCCUGGCCAAUGUGGGCGAUCAGUUUUGCCAGCUUGUCAUGUCUGAGAAAGAAGCCAUGCUGAUGGUAGAGCCUCAUCAAAAAGUAGCGUGGAAGCGGGCAGUCCGUGGAAUCCGAGAAAUGUGUGAUGUGUGUGAGACUACACUCUUCAACAUUCACUGGGUGUGCCGAAAAUGCGGAUUUGGUGUAUGCCUUGAUUGCUACCGUCUACGGAAGAGCCGUCCUCAUGAUGAAUCUGAUGAUAUGGCAGAGGAUGAGGUGUUUUCUUGGUUGAAGUGUGCAAAGGGACAACCUCAUGAGCCACAGAACCUCAUGCCAACUCAGAUCAUUCCUGGCACCGCGCUAUAUACAAUUGGGGAUCUUGUCCAUGCAGCACGAGGUAAAUGGGGUAUCAAAGCCAACUGCCCCUGUACCAGCAGACAGAGCAAGCCUCUACAAAGACCAGCUGCCCCAAAUGGCGUUUCCCAGCAGUCCACUACAAACUCAAAUAGCAGUGCAACUGAUCUUGAUCCAGCAAACGCAAAUGGUGUAUGGACAAGUGGGCCUCCAUUCCCAGGAGGGGCCGGUGACAUACCUGUUUCAGAAGAAAACACCGAGACAGGAGAAAGCAGCAGCGAUAGCACCAGUAAGAGUAACAGUGUCCCUACAAGCUCGUCGAGCAUCAGGGACAGUCGACAAACAGUUGGAGAAACUGCACCGUCCUCUGCUUUACACUGGCUCGCAGACCUGGCAACCCAGAAGGCGAAAGAAGAGACAAAAGAUCCUGGUUCACUUCGCUCAGUGCUUAGCAAGGAAUCCCGUUCUCCUUUUGCCUUGGAGUCCUUCAAUUCCCUUUCAAAGUCCUCGUCCUCUCCAAAACUGUUCAACAGCUUGCUCCUUCGCUCUGGUGUCUCAAACACUAAAACUGAGGGGUCUAGUCUGCGGGACCUCCUAAAUUCCGGGCCAGGAAAACUUCCUCAGGGUGUGUCGGAAGGUGGAAUUCCAUUCCCUUCAGUGUUUUCCUCAUCUUCUGCUGGAGAGAAAGGGAAAGGCAGCCUGCCAAACUUCUUAGAUCACAUAAUUGCUUCAGUGGUGGAGACGAAGAAGACCUCAGAGGUUAAGAAGGCUGACAACGCGGCAGAGAUUCAAAAAGAAGUAAAGAAAGAAAGCAUGAUGGGCCUAAGUGUGUUGGACCCCAACACCUCCCACUCUUGGCUGUGUGAUGGACGUCUGUUAUGUCUCCAGGACCCCAGUAACAGCAGCAACUGGAAGAUCUUCCGAGAAUGUUGGAAACAAGGGCAGCCUGUGCUAGUUUCCGGCGUGCACAAAAAACUGAGAGGAGAAUUGUGGAAACCCAAUGCAUUCAGCCAGGAAUUUGGUGAGCAAGAUGUAGACCUGGUGAACUGCCGCAACUGCGCCAUCAUCUCCGACGUCAAGGUCCGCGACUUCUGGGACGGGUUUGAGGUCAUCUCAAAACGCUUACGUGGAGAAGACGGGAGCCCCAUGGUUUUGAAACUUAAAGACUGGCCUCCAGGGGAGGACUUCAGAGAUAUGAUGCCAGCCAGAUUUCAUGACCUAAUGGACAACCUUCCCUUGCCAGAAUACACUAAGAGAGAUGGGAAAUUAAAUCUUGCUUCAAGAUUGCCAGAUUUCUUUGUGCGGCCUGACCUUGGUCCAAAGAUGUAUAACGCUUAUGGGCUAAGCACUCCAGAGGACCGUAAAGUUGGAACCACAAACCUUCACCUGGAUGUAUCUGAUGCUGUGAAUGUUAUGGUUUAUGUGGGAAUUCCAGUGGGAGACAAUCAAGAAAGUGAUGAGGCAGAUGUCACUGGAUCUAAAGAGGUCUUGAAAACCAUAGAAGAAGGAGAUGUUGAUGAAAUGACGAAGCGAAGAAUCUAUGAAGGCAAAGAGAAGCCAGGAGCCCUUUGGCACAUCUAUGCAGCCAAAGAUGCAGAAAAAAUUCGAGAGUUGCUUCGCAAAGUUGGAGACGAACAGGGCCAAGAAAACCCACCCGAUCAUGACCCAAUUCAUGACCAGAGCUGGUAUUUGGAUCAGAUUCUUCGAAAACGCUUGUAUGAAGAGUAUGGCGUACAGGGCUGGUCCAUCAUUCAGUUCUUGGGAGAUGCUGUGUUCAUUCCUGCUGGAGCACCCCACCAGGUGCACAAUUUGUAUAGCUGUAUUAAGGUGGCAGAAGACUUUGUCUCACCAGAACAUGUAAAACACUGCUUCAGGUUAACACAGGAAUUCAGGCAUCUCUCCAACACGCACUCAAACCAUGAAGACAAACUACAGGUGAAGAACAUUAUCUAUCAUGCAGUCAAAGAUGCAGUGGGAACACUGAAAGCUCAUGAAUCAAAACUGGCUCGAUCUUAGCAGAAGAUCUGCGGUGACUAAACUGGUUCAGACAGACUGUAUGUAACACAAGAUACAAGAGGCAGAGCGGAGAGACGGUGCAUUGUUGGGGACGUAGCCCGAGACUCGUCAAGUCAAGCACUUCAAUGCAGUAUUAAACAGGAACCGGAAAUCGAGAGAAGCCGAGGACUCCAUUGGUCACGCUCUGUUCUCUCCCAGGCUGUGAACUUUGGUGAAAGAUGCAGUAUCCCUUUCAGUUUUCAAGCGUAGAAGGUUCUCAUUUGCUUCAGUUUUGGAUAGAUACCAUUUCUUUAAUAGUUCUAUACCCUCUUAUAUUAAAGUGGUUUGUUUCCUUGUAGCCGCUGUUUUAAUUCCAAAAUAAUUAAAAAAAAAAA